GUGAGACACGAAGACACGUACGACACAUUGUUGGUCGAGAGAUUUCAACGUUUAAAACGUCCUUGGUCGUUUAGGUUUUUAAAAAAGUUAUUACUUUUUGUUUUGUAAUCAAGUUAUUUGAAAAUGGAGACGGGAAUGAAAUUCAUCAAAUAUUUGCUCUUCAUCUUCAACCUGCUGUUUGCCGUUUCGGGCAUCACGCUCAUCAUAACAGCGGCAGUGAUUCAGGGACUCUACUCGACGUAUCUGGAUUUCUUGGGAAAUGAAUUCCAUUCAGCCCCCAUGCUCUUCAUCAUUGUUGGUGUCGUCAUCUUCCUGGUGGCCUUCUUUGGCUGCUGUGGUGCUGUCAGAGAAAGCAACUGCAUGAUGAUUACAUUCUCAGUCUUCCUUGGACUCAUUUUCAUCUGUGAAUUGGCUGGAGGCAUUGCUGCUUAUGUUCUGCGUAAUGAUGUCGAUGUCAUCCUCACUGAGAACAUGUACAAGGCUCAACAGCAGUAUAAUGUUACCGGACAUGAAGGAGUGACAGAGACCUGGAACAUCAUGCAAAAUGAAGUCCAUUGCUGUGGUGUCCAAAAUUACACAGACUGGGCCAACACAACCUUCAGCCAUGGAGUCAAUGUUCCAGAUAGCUGCUGCAUUGAGUAUACAGCAGGCUGCGGUCUCAAUAUGAUCUUGAGUCCCGACGCAGAUCAGAGACUUUGGACUGUUGGAUGCGUACCCGAACUUGCAAAGCAAGUAAAACACAAGGCUGGUGUAUUUGCUGGCAUUGGAGUUGGCAUUGCAUUCAUUCAGUUGAUUGGCAUUGUCUUCGCCUGUCUGCUGGCCAAGGCUAUUCGAGGAAGUUACCAUUCCGUUUAAAUUUAUAAUUAAGAGCGUCCAAGCAAAAAGAAAAGUCGAGUUUAAUCAUUGAAACCGCACUUGAAGCUCGUCAUUAACGUAAAAAAACACGGGCACUUUUUAAAAAUGAAGUUGAAAGAAAUCCGCCUGUCUUCGAUAUCUUCUAUUAUUCUUGUUAUGUCUUGAAAAUCAAGUCUAGUUUGGAAAGUGAAAAGUUAAAAAAAAAAAAUAUUAUAUGAAAUUUUAUUUUUUUUUCUUUUUACUUUGGUCAUUUUAUACAUUUCGAUUUGAAACAAUUAGGGAUGCAAUAUUUUUUUCUGUUUCUUUCGUUUGAAAAAGUUUAUCCCGGUAUUGUCAUCUUAAAUCUUUCCCAAGAAAUUCGUCUGCGAGUCUUUAAAUCCGAAACGAAUGAUGGAUGUAGAUAUUAAUAAAUGAAGGUUUUACAUUUC